GACACCAUCCAGACACCAUGCGAAGGAUGGCGGAGGAGAUCCAACCUACCAAGGAGCAGAGGUGAGUUUUCUCUCUUAAAACACUUUAUUUCUAAAUGUCUAUCAUACCUCGGUUGGAAAUUAAUGUUCAUGUGAUUGCUGUCCAUUUUGUGAUAACUUGGCUCCUCUUUGGAGAAGUAAACAUAACCUCCAAUCAAAGAUGUGUUGUGUUAAUGUCCUCUCGGUUAUUAUCAAAUAUCCAGAUCUCCUAGAAUCCAAGUUAAGAUGUAAGACUGUCUUCUGGUUAAGUUGGCAAACAUAAUGAUCCACUUGUUAUGACUUUAUUCUAAUAAAACCAACUUUUCUCUUUGUUUUUCUCUGCCUGCAAGUGAUUUCCAAAAAUACUAUAUGUUGAUAAAUGCCACUUGGUGUAUUUCAGGGACCUCUGCAAGUCUCUUAAAACCUCUUUUACCAAGUAAACACUUGUGCUGGAAAGUAAGUCAACGUGAAAUGUAGGGGUUUUUUCAGUGGCAUUGAGGAUAAAGUACUCUACUUUGUUUGCAUUCUGUCAUGUUUUUCAAGAGGGGACAUUCAUGAAAGUGCUGUAUAGAUUGCAUUCCUGCAGUGCUGAUAACAGAAAUGUCAUAUGGUCAAAGUUCAAGUAUAGUUUAUCUGUGUUUUCAUGUACUUUUGCAUGUUCUGUCUGCCUGUUCCGGUGCAUGUUUUCUGUCUGUAUCACAGCUCCUGGUUAUUAAGUUGGCUUCCCUCUUGGUGCCCCACUUCUCCCUCUCAGCUAAAAGAUGCAGAAGAAAAAAUGCUCAAGAGUAAGUAGUCAGCCUUUCUCUAAGCAGCACGUCAAGAUAUCCGAUGGCAACUACCUGUGGACCAUAGCUUUUUCCACUCAGGUCCAGGACCGACCCACUCCUCCUCUGGUUCUGCUGCACGGCUUUGGUGGUGGAGUUGCUCUCUGGGCCCAAAACUUGGACUCUCUCUCCAGCAGCGGGCCGGUUUACGCUCUAGACCUGCUGGGAUUCGGCAGAAGCAGCCAUACCCAGUUCAGCCCCGACCCUGAGGGGGCAGAAGAGCAGUUUGUGACAGCUCUGGAGGCAUGGAGGGAGAAGGUGGGACUGGAGGAAAUGGUGCUGCUGGGACACAACCUGGGAGGAUACCUCUCUGCUGCCUACACACUCAAAUACCCACACAGGGUAAAACAUCUGCUGCUCGUGGAGCCGUGGGGCUUCCCAGCUCGUCCAGAGAACCCCAACCACGGCUCCAUCCCUGUGUGGAUCAGAGCCAUGGGGGCCGUCAUGAGCCCCUUCAACCCUCUGGCUGGACUCAGACUGGCUGGGCCUCUAGGUCCAAUGCUGCUCCAGACAAUAAGAUCCGACUUCAAGCAGAAAUACUCCUCCGUGUUUGACGACAACACUGUAUCUGACUACAUCUACCACCUGAACGCCCAGGCACCCAGUGGAGAAACCGCUUUCAAGAACAUGACCAUUCCCUACGGUUGGGCCAAGAGGCCCAUGCUGGACAGGAUCGGCCAGGUCCAGGCCGACAUUCCCAUUUCUUUCAUCUAUGGAUCCCGCUCCAGCAUUGACAGUGACUCCGGAUAUGCCCUUAAGCUAUCCAGGCCAGAUGUGGAAAUCACAGUGAUCAGAGGGGCAGGCCAUUACGUUUUCGCCGACCAACCAGACGACUUCAACCAGACGAUCCUUAACAUCCUCGCCAGGACGGAGCAGAACAGCUAAGACGAGGGCAUGAAGCAGUGAGAGCUCCCUCAUUUAGCCGACACACAGGAGGGCACAGGGGUUAAGUAACCCAAACCCCAUUACACAACCAGGACAGUUUAACUGUAAGCCUCUUUAUCAUGCACUUUACUCUUAAGAGAGACCCAUCACUGACUAAAGACACUCAUCAUUCCACAGGCUAAUGCUUUCUCAGGCCUUGUGUAAAUAAGUUUUGUAAAUAAACACGAGUUGCAGCCUGUGUUGCUCAUUGUGUUUUCACAGAUACUUUGCGGUUGGAACAGACUAGCAUCCAUUUCGAAAUAUGAAAAGAGAAACUGUUGGGCAAUUUUGCAAUAAAGAGAAAUCAUCUCUUAA